UGUGUAUUCUUCAGGUGUGGUACAGUGCAGUCUAGAGCGUGCAUUGCUAUGAUAUGGACUUAAGUUAGACCAUAAGCGUACAUGGAACAAACAGCCAAGAGAACAAAUGGACCAGAGAGGAAACUCUGAUACAGAACCUCUUUUCUUAACAUUGUAACAGAUUUGUCCACCAUGCCAGCUCUGUCUUCAAACUCCACAUAUGUGCCGUCCACUUCCAUUCCCACCUGGACCACUACCCCUUACACCAACACAACGAUCAACCCAUUUCUCGCACAGGUGGAAAACGCCUUCUUCAACUUCCUGGACAAAAUUCCCUUGCCCCGAUGGCUCACCGUGCUGCUGUUUGUCCUUGGUGGAUUGAUAUUACUCAUCAUCAUCCUCUCCAUCUGCAUUAAAUGCUGCUGCAAAAGUAAGAAGAAGCAAAAGAAAAAUGAGAAGAUCAAUCUCAAAGGAGUGAAUGGGGGCAGCACCACAGCACUUGUCCAGCCCGAUGUGGCUGAUCUUGACUAUGGCUCGGCUAAAAAGUACCGCGGGAAGCUGCUGUAUUCUUUGGAGUACAACACUACGCAGUCAGAGCUGACAGUGAGCAUCAAACAGGCUGACAGCCUCAAGGCCAUGGACCUGGGGGGCAGCUCGGACCCUUAUGUCAGAGUAUAUAUCUGCCCCGACAAAGACAAGACCUGUGAGACCAAAGUGCUGAAGAACACACUCAAACCUGUCUUCAAUGAGCAGUUCACUUUCCAGAUAACUAAAGCUUCCCUGAUGAAGUCUACAGUGGUGAUGCAGGUGUACGACUUUAACCGAUUCUCCAAACACAACAUCAUCGGAGAGGUCAGACUGCAGAUGGAGAACUUUGACUUGAAGAAUGUCAUCGAGGAAUGGCAGGACCUCAGCGAACCGUCCAAAUUUGAGGAGGAGAAUCGGGGUGAAAUUUGUUUCUCUCUGCGCUAUGUUCCGACAGCAAACAAACUGACCGUGGUCAUCCUCGAAGCUAAAAACCUCAAACCUAUGGACAUCGGAGGGAGCUCAGAUCCGUAUGUGAAAGUGCAGCUAACCUUGGACAAGAGGAAAUGGAAGAAAAGGAAGACGUCAGUCAAGAAAAACACUCUGGAUCCAUAUUACAAUGAGUCCUUUACUUUCACUGUGACCUUCGAACAGAUUCAGAGGGUAAACCUGGUGAUCGCAGUGUGGGACUACGAUGCAGUGAGCCGUAAUGAUGCCAUAGGGAAGAUAUACUUGGGCUUUGAUGCGUCAGGGAACCAGCUGAGGCACUGGGCCGACAUGCUGUCCAACCCGAGGCGCCCGGUUGCUCAGUGGCACAGUCUGCUAUCGGCCCAACAAGUCAACUCCACCCUCAACCUAAAGAGGAAGGUGCCCAUGCCCGGAAAACUGCCCUUCAAUGGAGAGCGCUAAUCAUACAAACUUCCCAAGGACUCUUUUUUAAAAUGAUAAAUUUAAAGGUGCACUAUGUAACUUUUCUGGUGGCGUGUCUGCCAUCUUCUUGUCUCCAUGGAGAUGUUAUUUUAUUGCCUGGAAUGUGGUGCAAUAUGGUAAUAACUCAUCGAUCUCCAUGGAGAACAGAAAGUGAGUCACACUAAGAUCGCAUGUCAUUGAAUAAAUCCAAUUAGAUGCAUUCCAGGCAAGCAAAUAACAUCUCAAUGAAGAGAACGGCUGACUCUACAUCUGAAAAGUUACACAGUGUACCUUUAAUAGUAUUCUUAAUAAUGUAUCAAAAUCAAAUCAGCAAAUUAUUUCUGUAUAAGCACUUUAUUUGUCACAGCUGUAUAUUAAAUUCCACUUUUUCCGAUUCAAAAACGUUUGUAGUGAUUUACAAACA